AUUUACUGUCAAGUUGCCAUUUAUCUAUUUUUGUUGUAAAUGUUUAUUUCUUUUUUUUUUUCAUGCAACGUGUACAAUGUAUAUUUCACAGUUUACAUAUAAAUUUUUAGUUUAGUAUGAUUUAAUAUAAAAUGUAAUGUAUUUAGUAUAAUAAUAUACUCAUUUUUUUUAAUUAUAUAGAAAAUACUUAAGACAAAAAGCCAAAAUGUACAAAGGCCUACAGAAACUAUUCUCCGAAAACCUAUACCUAUUUUUGGGUAUCAUUAUCGGUCUCUAUAUCUCGUCAAUGAUCUCUGAUGGUUUCGACGCGAAUUGUAACAGACAAAAAAUAAUGAGGAACGAAACUGCUCAGGAAAUUAUAAGUUCCUCGGUUAAUAAAUUCGCACCAAAAAUUCUCACAAAGAAGCCUAACCCCAAUUCGAAAAAGACAAAACUGAUAAGGCCGAGAUAUUACUCAACGGAAUUGGGUAUGAGAGAGAAAAUGUUUGUCGGCAUUUUCACAUCCGAGGAAAAAAUAAAUACUCAGGCGAUACAUAUCAAUAAAACUAUCGGUCACUUAGUGGAUAGGAUAAAGUUCUUUAUAACAGCGCAAUACAAACUAAAAACCAAGUUUAAUUUAACGGGACUUGUGGGGUUUACCGAUGCAAGGUAUAAGUAUAGACCGUUCCAGGUUAUUAAGUAUGUUGGUGAUACAUUUGCUCAAGAUUUUGAUUAUUACUUUUUUGCCAAUGAUUAUACAUUCAUCAACGUACACAGGCUGAAAGAUAUUGUGAAUAAGAUCAGUGUUAGUAUGGAUGUUUACCUAGGUACAAAAGUAACAGACAGCAGUUAUUGUAAUUUAGAUGCAGGACUUUUGAUAAGUAACUCUGUCUUAAAAGCAAUGAGGAUGCAUUUGGACUGGUGCAUUAUGAACGCUAUAUCUGACGACCAUAGCGAAAAUAUCGGUCGCUGUAUUUAUCACAGUUUAGGCCUCUCUUGCCAGGAGUCUAUUCAACUUGAGAGUAUUCCCACUUUCAAAUUAAAACACUUUGAGUUAAGUGACCACUUAUUGGACUUAACAGGAAGAGGAGAUUUCAAUGAUGCUGUUACCGUUUAUCCGAUACUACAAAAGAAUGAUUUUUAUUUAUUGAAUGCUUACUUUUUAAAGCAAAGACUGACUAUAUUGCACGAAGGGAUUCAUCGUCUUUCCGAAACCGUGACGGAAACUUGGCCCCCAGGCCAGAGACCGGGAGCCAAACCUGCAACACGUUUCGAUUUACCUAGACAGUAUUAUUUUAAUAUGUCCCACAUGUUCUUUCCUGACGAUUUUACAAACAUUAGGAAGCAUACUGAAGCAGAGUUUUUAGACAUCGAGAAUAUCGUGGAAGAAGUCAAAGCGAAUGUCGCAAAUAGAUAUCCCGGGCAACUACAAUACAGACGACUGAUAAACGGUUACAGAACGUUUGAUUUAAGCAGAGGAAUGGAUUAUACUUUAGAUUUAGGCUUCAGAGAUCUGAACACUGGGAAAGAGGUGGUAAAAAGGUUUGAAGUAUGUAAACCCUUAGGACAAGUAGAAUUCAUACCAAUGCCAUACGUAACAGAAAAUACAAGAGUAACGAUAGUUUUACCAAUCCAAGAAACUGAAGUGGGUCUCGCUAUGGAAUUUCUAACAAAUUACGCAGCCUUAAUAAUGGAUAGAAAAGAAAAAACUUUCCUGAUGCUCGUUUUACUGUACCAGUACAACAGUGAAAGCAAAGGCAGUGGGGAUAUCUUUGGGGACGCAAAAAACUUUGCUACGUCGGCCAUGAACAAGUACAAAAAUGAUGACGUAAAAAUUGCGUGGGUCUCUAUUAGGUUACCCGAAGCUCCUAAGCCCUUAUACGUAGAGGAAUAUAAAUCUUUACAUUUCGCCAUAGUGGAUCUAGCUUUGAGGAAAAUUGGUGUGGACAGUUUGACGCUAGUACUGAACAUUUACUGCAAUAUUACGGUUGAUUUUCUAAAUAGAGUGAGAAUGAACACUAUAUCAAACGUUCAAAUAUUUAGCCCUAUCCCGUUCCAUCAAUAUAACCCAAAAAUUACCCAGUAUAAGCAUUUAGAUGUGAACAAAAAUACGGGGCACUUUGAUAGGGAGGAAUACAAAUUUAUUUCAUUCUAUGGAAGAGAUUACGUUGAUGUGAGGAAGAAGUCCCAACACAUUAUGCCUCUCGUAAGAUCUGACAACGAUAUUCCAAAUAUUCUUCACGAAGAGUAUAAGGAGAUGGGGAACAUUUUCGAGAUGUUCGUGAAAUUUUCGCAGAAGAUACAUUGCAUGAGAGCCACCGAAAUGAAUUUGAAGAUAAAAUAUCAUGAAGAGAAUGAUAAAACAAAACACAACUUAUUCUUGGCAAAUGAAGCGCAACUAGCCAAGUUGCUAUUGUCAAAAAAAGAUGAAAUUGCGGAAUUAAGAUAAUUUAAAUUACACAAUAUGUAAGGAAUUUGUGUAUAUUGUAACAAAGUGCCUUUAUUCUAAGCCUAAUAAUUAUCUGUAUUUUACUAUUUGUUAUAACAUGUAGAAAUAAUAAAUAUUUUAUUUUUA